AUGGAAAAGAAGCUAAAACCUGGAGAAUUCGGUCCCCCAUUAAUCUUUGAGUCAUACAAAAAAUUCUUCCUCAGAAAAUUCGGUGAGAACUUUAAGUGGGGAAUGGGGUGAUCACUAUUUCUGACAAGCCAAAUAUCCCUUUUAAACUACCUGAUCAAGUACAAGAUGGUGUUUGAACCAAAAAUUAUUGUAUCUCCAUUAAUAAUGUCUGUCUUUAUCAGCAUAGGUUUUGGUCUCUUUGGUGCGGUGUUCUCACCGCACAGGAAGGUACCACCAUCCUUGCUUCCAAAAAAGCAGAUUAAUAGUGAGAAGAAAGAAUAAGUUUCAAUAUUUUUUAGCUAAA